AUGUUUUUGGAAGGAUUCUUUGAUCCUCAAAGCAGGAAUGAAGGUACCCAAGGUGAAAAGUCAACCCUUCAACCGCUCUCUAAUGCUGUCAUCUCAAGAAUCCCUCUCAGGAACUGUCUGCUUCUGGUGUCAUCUAGUUUGCAUCCCGAGUGUGAAUAUAUUUUUCAGUUGGCGAGAGAUGAGCAACGCUGUCUCCGAGAGAUUGCAGAGCUUGGAAACAUCAGCGGGUCAGGUUGUUUACCUGUAUGGGAUUCUGUAUUGUGCUGGCCCAAAACGGCAGUGGGUGAGACAGUCCACUCGCCCUGUCCUGCCGUUUUCUCUCUCUUCAGGAAUAACACAGGUACAGUGAGUCGUAACUGCACCGCUGGAGGCUGGUCGUGGCCAUUUCCCCCCUACCAUGAGGCCUGCAGUGUUGAAGCUAACAUCCCAGAGGAGUCGUAUUUUGCCACUGUGAAACUAAUCUACUCGGUUGGUUACGGAUCGUCACUGAUCUCUCUCUCAGUUGCCGUGGUAAUACUGCUGCUCUUCAGGCGACUACACUGCGAUCGAAACUACAUCCACAUGCAGCUGUUCUUUUCCUUCAUCCUGAAAUCUGCGUCUGUGUUUAUAAAAGACGCUACGCUGUUCGCCAGUGAUGACACAGAUCACUGCACACUCUCUACGGCAUCCUGUAAGGCAUCAGUGGUGUUUUGUCAUUAUUGCGUGAUGACUAAUUUCUUCUGGUUGCUGGUGGAGGCCAUGUAUCUGAAUUCACUGUUGCUCUCAGCAUUCCCACGCAGUCGUUGCUGCCUGUGGAGUUUUGCUCUGUUGGGCUGGGGUGUUCCAUUAGUCUGCAUCGUCAUUUGGAUCUGCUCCAGAGUGUAUUUUGAGGACACAGAGUGCUGGGACAUCAAUGACGAAUCCCCUUAUUGGUGGAUCAUCAAGGGUCCUAUUGUAGCAUCCAUUGGGGUGAACUUCCUUCUUUUCAUGAAUAUUAUCAGGAUUCUGGUGCAAAAGCUGAACCCUCGUUUGAUCCAGUUCAACAACUCUGCUCAGUACAGGCGACUGACCAAGUCCACCCUCCUCCUAAUCCCUCUAUUCGGCACUCAUUACAUGGUGUUCAGCUUCCUUCCAGACUUCUUCAACGUGAGCCUGCGGCUUUACAUCGAGCUCUGUCUGGGCUCCUUCCAGGGGCUCAUUGUGGCGGUUCUCUACUGUUUUCUGAACCAGGAGGUUCAGAAUGAAAUGCGGUUACGAUGGAUGCGCUAUCAAGAGGGGAGUUACAAUGUAGUCCCUGUUGGAGCCAAAGGAAGCCAGAUGGACACUCCAUUUUAGAGUCACUAAAACCGAGGAUCAGUAAUGCCUUCAUUCAGCUUGACCUCAACACCUCCAGUGGUCCUUAAUCUCCAUAAAUCAACAGCUAACAUCUGCAGGAAGGAAAUCAAACACAAUUUUGAUGUAUGCAGAUUGCAUUGCUCACUUUCUACAAAAACAAAUCACUUAGAGCAAGAUCAUCUCAAGUAACUGCAGUAUGAACGAUUGCAACUUGCUGACUUUAGACAAUUGCUAGAAAUAAUCCAUUUCAUUAUCAUCAUUUUAAAAGGUAAACUGCUUGCAUGAGAUAGUCAAGACAAGUUCUUCAAAGCCAUACCAGCUAGACAGAUACUGGUUAUGCCCUUCAUAUUUAGACCCUAAACAAUUUUAUUUCCCAUUGAAACAUGAAGUUGGGAUGGGGCAUAUCGAAAGGCUUUUUUUUAAAAUAGCCAUUAGGCUUUAUUUUACAUCAAAGGCCAGGAAACCCAUGACUGCAUGCGGAUUGAAUUUGGGAGUGGGACAUUGCCAUUCUAGAGAGCAUUUUAUCAGACCAAAAUUUCUGUAUGUCCCUGUGAACAUGAUGAAUCAUCAAUAUUUUUGGUCCAUCUUCCCUUAAGAGAAAUACUACGUUUUAUAUGCAUAUAUCUGCUUAAAGAUUUGGUCAACUUGUCAACUAGCACAUAGAUGGACUCAAAGCUACUAGACACAAAGCCACAAAAUUUGUAUUUUGAUUCUGUGGGGUCCCUAAUAAUAAUAUUUAAUACUCUGUUAAAGGACAGUGCGGCAGGUUUGAAAAUGUAUCUAUGUACAUAUUUAUGUACAGUUUUUACUAUUUAAAUGGAAGAAUUUAAAGAUUCCUUGAUAUAUUAAUUAAUUUCUGUGUGAGUUAUAUUUAAAUGUAUGUUUUCUUUUUCUUUUUCUCCUAUUUACGUUGUUCUGCUGGUUGACUAGGCACUCCAAAAUCAGCAAACAACUAAAAACUGAAAGUUGUAGCUACUUUACAAAAGUGACUGAGAAGUAAUAGUAAAAAUUUGGUUUUCUAUUUAUUGCCUUUCCUUUUUCUUGUUUAUUUUGUUUUACUCUCAAGCGGAACUCAUCCCAACAUACUGGACCAGCUCAAAGCAUACACUCAAACCAAAACAAGUAAUGAAAGAAUCUGCUCUGUUCCUCCGUACUCAUGCCUCAGAAUGAAUGUGGACUAUUUUAGUUUUUCAUAGUUGCUUCAGGCACAGGACCAAAUACUGCAGUUCAGUUUCUUUGGAUGUAGCAUCUCCUCUCCUCACCAGUGUGCAUUUAUAUUCUGUUGCCUAUAAAAAGCAAGUGAAGUCAUUGCAAAUGAAUAUAGGGUAAAUAUUAUACUGUGUUUUUAAUAUUUUUUUUGGUUUGUUUGUUGUCCGUUUACAAAUGUUAGUGGCCUUCAGUGUGUUUUUCAUCUACAGAGCACAUAACAAAGAUGGAAACAUUUUCCCAUGAUGCUACAUCUGUGUAAUGGAUUUUCCUUUAAUAGUGAAAUUACGUUUAUGUUAUAAUUGAUGUAACUGCUGUGUUUGUGUACAUGUGCUUAAGUGUGUGUAUUUGUGCAAGUAUGUACUUAAGCAACCUGGCACAGUGUGUUGGCCUAUCUGUACCUAUUUUUAAAAGCAAGAGCUGGUGUUUGGCUUUAUGUCUGACAUAUAAUAACAUUUUAU